AUGACAACAAACAAACAUGGCUUCAUGCGCAUCUUCUGGCCUUCAGAUGCGCCCGAAGACGAUGUACCAGGUGUUCUUGUAGGAUGGAGGAACUCCGAGCUCGACAUAUUGGUAGUCAGUGUGUUGCAGGGGGUCGAGGUGCGUAACGUCGAGCAUGCAUUGCGUGUUCAGUCAUUGUUUCGUGGCAGUCCACAGCCUGUUGAGCGCAUCACAGACCACUGUGGUGGGAGGGCUCUGCAGGUACUAGGCACGCUCAACCCGGCAAAGUCAACCCUGACGUUCGAUCCGAAGCUGGUCGCAUUACGAACAACUAACAAAGCGCAAUUGCCUGUAAUUGACUGCCAGGAUGCCUUGUCCAUUACGCUCCAGCUCAUAGUCUUUGAGAAACCAGAUCCGUCCCGGAUGCAAUAUCUCUCGAUGACGCCAAUCACUCUGGCACUGGGUGACAAGCAUGGGGCAUACGGUAGCGUACCACCCUUUGACAAGAUCGAUAAGGAAGAAGAAGCAGAGAAGAAGAGGAAGGCGAAGUUGGUAGAGAAGCUAAAGCUGCAUACCGUAGUCUGGCGUUCUCGGACGCCCAAAGAGCUAGCUCUGCCGAAUAUCGUCAGCCAGAUCAAUUGCUCCGCUGAGCUUGACGAUCUUAUGCAGAGCAACGUCGGCUUGAUUGGCACACGGCUAAGACGCAAGCUGAGCGUCAGUGAACGGAUGGUCGAGUCAGUGACAGACCUGUGGAACUCUGUACUCCUGCGCAUGACACAGGUGUUUCUCGAGCAGAUCUGGCCAACCGCGUCGCAAGUUUUCUUGUAUCUGCUAAUGCUGCAUCGCAUUGCCGCCGAGGCGGUCCUUUGCAUCCUGGAAUGGAGACCUAUGCGGCAGUUAGCAGCCUUGAAAGACGUCUCGGCAACAGCUCAGCAGGUGGACAUCCGCCUUCAGCAGUUCUGCUACUGGCCAGCUCAGUACAUCACCUUGCAGCGGAGAGAGAUGGACUGGAAGAGCACUUCGAACAACCAGCCAGAGUACAUUCGCUUCUACAACAGUCUCUGGCUUGUCGCUAACGACAUCAUCAUCGGCAUCGCAGUCGGAACUUACAUCCUCGAGAAUGCCGAAAUGGUGGCGCAGCAGAUUGACAACGCCGUCAGCACCCUCACGAUUGAAGGUCUUCAACGCAUGAUCAACUGGCUUAUGGACUAUCCCGCCGGGCUGAAGCUGAACAACGAGCUCGCCAAGUUUCUUGGUGACCUUUUCUUGUGGGUAAUCAACUACUGGGAUGGAUAUAUGCUGCAGCUUCGACCUCUACUCCCGCUCAUUGUCGGGCUCAUCGGCAUCUCGAGCUUCGCAGGUGCCAGCCUACCAAUCUCGCUCUUUUCAGACUUGGUGUCGCUGCUCACGCUGCACAUCUACAGCUUCUACAUCGCUUCGGCGCGAAUCUACAACUGGCAGCUCACCGUCAUCAUCUCGCUGUUCCAACUCUUCCGUGGCAAGAAGCGCAAUGUUCUUCGCAACCGCAUCGACAGCUGCGACUAUGAUCUUGAUCAGUUACUGCUCGGUACCAUACUGUUCACGCUGCUCUUCUUCCUGUUGCCUACGGUUGCAGUCUUCUACGCGACGUUCGCCGGCGCGCGUAUGGCAAUCAUCGCGCUGAAAGCCGCGCUCGACACCUGGCUGGCUUGCCUCAACCACUUUCCCCUGUUCGCACUCAUGCUGCGGGUGAAGGACUCCCAGCGACUUCCAGGUGGCAUACGGUUCGUACUGCUCGAUACUCCCACCGCGUUACAGGGCGUACGGAGCUCGCAAGCAUCAUCCCAGGUGGCAUACGUCAAGCUGAAGUCUGUACCUCUCCCGCUCUCACGCACCUUCUCGCAAUACGCACAGCUCGGCCACCGUCUUCGGAAGCACUACCUGUCGUCUCGGGUCUUUCUCUGUCUAGUAUCCGGCCAGUUUGUCCCGCCGAUCCACCGCAAGAACCUGUACAGCUUACAGUACAGCAUGCUACCUGUUCAGCGUGUCAGCAUCAGGGAGCUGUGGCGCUUGUUGACGUCGCAAAAGCCGCUUGACCCGAGUGUCUCUGCCAACGGUCAUGCUGGGCCUGGGCAGAUGAGGGGAAGACAUGGGCGGGCCAAGACGACGCGGUCAUAG